AUGGAAACCGAUAUCUGUGCAACGCCGAUCAAGCUUCUCGCCGAUCCUGCUGUCGCCUCAAUUGCGCAUCGCAGGUCGAUAAGAAGAGACACCGUGCCUCUUCAGAAAGCUCAAGUUCCAUGGAGUGUGGACGCCUCUGAGGCCGAGAACAUGGGUUAUCAGGAUUGCGCACCACCGCACUUCACAAGGGUUCAUCUGUGUGAGAUACCCUACCCUCCCAUAAUCGUGUUGGUGACGACCAGGCCCCUGCAAAAGUCCUUCCAUCUCGUUAUUCCCGGCCAAGAUCCUACUGAUUCUGUCCGUCAUGAUCUCAGCGUGCUUCCACAGAUCGGUGAAUACGGUGGUCACAUACCAUUAGAGACAGAGAUCAUUGACGUGUUGGAUCUCUCCCAGUCCAACCAUGACACAAGGCCCCAAACAAACCCAUCUGAGCCGCCGACCCGGCCCGUACCCUCAGCGGCCGGCUUGAACGGCGCAGCACCCGACAUGAAGAAAUGGCGCCAGUCCACCUCACCGUCCGGGGCAUACUCGCCAGCGGAGCCGAAACUGUCAGGCCCACUGGCCAGCGGAAAUUAG